UAAAAAGAAUUAGGAAAAAUCCAAAAAGGGUGAAAACAGCCGUAAGAAAAGUGAGAUCGAGUAGGGGCAUAAGAGACAUUACAGCGCAUUGGAAAACAAAGACGGGCCAUAGGCGUAGACAAAAUUCAAAGAAUCAACAGUAAAUAAAGAAAGUCUCGGUUUUGGAGGGAGCACCAAAUGCCCAAAGACAGAGGGUCCAAAUUCCCAAGGCGGCACUUCUCUCCUCUUUGGCGCUUCACCUUGGCCGGCACGUGAACCCGUCAACCACUUCUCCCUCUCUCUCUCUCCUCUCAUUCUCUCUCUACACCAUGUUCGGAGCUGGCACCAGCUCCAGGUCGCACCGAUCUUCCUCCGCCAUCUCGCCCUUCCGUUCUCGGAAGUCCCCGGCGCCGUCGCCGUCGACGUCCUCCAAAUCCGCCGGAAUUCGCCCCUCGACGCCUUCCUCGACGACGUCGUCCAGGCCUCCGUCCAGGCUGUCUGCUUCUCCGGCGACGUCGGCUAGCCCUAGCUCUCCGAUCCAGGCCGUCGACCGCCAGGACGUCGCCAAGGCCAAGGAGAAUGUCACCGUCACCGUCAGGUUCCGUCCCCUCAGUCCACGAGAGAUUAACAAAGGGGACGAGAUAGCGUGGUACGCGGACGGAGAUAAUACAGUGAGGAAUGAGUACAAUCCUUCCAUUUCCUAUGGUUUUGAUAGGGUAUUUGGUCCAGCAACAACGACACGCCAUGUUUACGACGUUGCUGCUCAGCAUGUUGUUUGUGGUGCCAUGGAAGGAAUUAAUGGUACAGUGUUUGCAUAUGGCGUUACCAGUAGUGGAAAAACCCACACGAUGCAUGGGGAGCAAAAGUCACCUGGAAUCAUUCCAUUGGCAGUUAAGGAUGUUUUUGGCAUUAUACAGGAGACUCCUAGGCGAGAGUUUCUUCUACGAGUUUCAUAUUUAGAAAUUUACAAUGAGGUUAUAAACGAUUUGCUGGAUCCAACAGGACAAAAUCUUCGAAUUCGAGAAGAUUCACAGGGAACCUACGUUGAAGGAAUAAAAGAAGAAGUUGUUUUAUCACCUGCUCAUGCUCUUUCACUUAUAGCAUCCGGGGAGGAGCACAGGCACGUGGGCUCUAAUAAUUUCAAUCUACUUAGUAGUCGGAGCCACACUAUAUUCACCUUGACUAUUGAAAGCAGUCUGCACGGGGAAGAUCACAGUGAAGAAGACGUGACCUUGUCCCAGUUGCACUUAAUCGAUCUUGCAGGUUCUGAAAGUUCUAAAACUGAAACAACUGGAUUACGAAGAAAAGAGGGAUCAUACAUCAACAAAAGCUUACUUACCCUUGGAACCGUGAUUUCUAAACUGACAGAUGGAAAAGCAACACAUAUUCCGUAUCGAGAUUCAAAACUCACCCGUCUAUUGCAGUCAUCCCUUAGCGGUCAUGGACGGGUUUCUCUUAUUUGCACAGUGACUCCCGCCUCUAGCAAUAGUGAGGAGACACAUAACACACUGAAGUUUGCACAUCGUAGCAAACGUGUAGAAAUAAAGGCUUCUCAAAAUAAGAUUAUGGAUGAAAAGUCUCUCAUCAAAAAGUAUCAAAGAGAAAUUUCCAGCUUGAAGCAGGAGCUUGAGCAAUUAAAGCGUGGCAUGAUGGAGAAUCCAAAUGUCGCUGCAUCUACUCAAGAAGAUCUGGUUAAUCUGAAGCUGCAGCUGGAAGCCGGUCAGGUUAAACUACAGUCGAGAUUGGAAGAGGAGGAAGAAGCCAAGGCAGCUUUGAUGGGGAGAAUUCAGCGAUUGACCAAACUGAUAUUGGUGUCAACAAAGAAUACAUUGCCAACAAACAUUUCUGAACAACCUGGCCAUAGACGAAGGCAUUCCUUCGGGGAAGAUGAGCUGGCAUACUUACCAGAUAAAAAGCGGGAGUACAUGGUAGAUGAUGAUGCUAGAAGCUAUGGGUCUGAGAUUCCAUUGGAUGUUAGGGAUGACGUGACUAGUCUAGAUGAGUUGGUCAAAGAUUACAAAAGGAACCGAAGGCGUGGAAUGCUUAACUGGUUUAAACUGAAAAAACCUGAGAAUAUGGCUGGGUUAUCACCCAGUACUGAUUGUGAGAGCUCAGCAAGUGGCUCUACUGCAUCUCGUUCUAAAUCUUCUCAGAGAGUCAUGUUCACUGAAAUGAAAGAUGGAAGAAGAAAAUCAGUCGGUAACAAGGGAGAUGAUUCUACCAGUGUUGACUCAUUUCCAGAAAAAACUCAAGCAGGUGAUUUAUUUAGUGCUGCAGUUGGAGAUCGUCGUUUGCCACCGAGUGGGACCACCAUUACAGAUCAAAUGGACCUUUUCCGGGAACAAGUGAAGAUGUUAGCUGGAGAGGUGGCUUUGUCUACAAGUUCUCUUAAAAGACUGUCAGAGCAAGCAGCUAUCAACCCUGAAGAUUCACAUAUUAAGGAAAAAAUGCGGAAGUUGAAGGAUGGAAUUAGUGAAAAGAAGCUUCAAAUACGGAUUCUGGAGCAACACAUGAUUGGAUCAUUUGAGAUGACUCCACAUACAAACAGCAUUGAGUUGUCUCAGGCCCUGUCCAAGCUUACCACACAGCUAAUUGAAAAGACAUUUGAGCUGGAGAUCAAGUCUGCAGAUAAUAGGAUACUACAAGAGCAACUACAAAUGAAGAUAUCAGAGAAUGCUGAGAUGCAAGAGACUAUUCUUCUGCUGAGGCAACAGCUCAGUUCUUUAUCAGAGAAAAGUGCAAGUAGUUUUCAAACAGUUGUUGACAAUGGUGCUAUUUCACUCGAUAUAUUUUCUGAUGAACUGUUGAAAAAGAACCCCAGAGAAAGCAAGGUUACUUCAUGUGGGGAAGCAUAUGCUGAUGAAAAUACACCAACAAGCGUCAUGAGCUUGAACAGAGUAUUAUCCCUUGAGGACUCGAAAGAGUGCAACUUCAAUCCCCAAAUUUAUAUGCAGGCUGCUGAGAUGGAGGACUUAAAACAAGAUCGGGUUAGACUGACUGAGGAAAAGGACGGGCUUGAAGUUCAGAAUAUGAAACUGGCAGAGGAAGCAUCAUAUGCUAAAGAGUUGGCUGCGGCUGCAGCAGUUGAACUCAGAAACUUGGCUGCGGAAGUAACCAAACUUUCUUAUGAAAAUGCGAAGCUGACUGGUGAAUUGGUUGCUGCAAAAGAGGGUCACUGCCGGUCAACUUCUUCUCAGAGUCCUAAUUUAUAUCAUUUUAAGCAAAAUACUAUAAAUAGGGGUCGAUCUGAUGGCCGCUCUAAAAAGCCAGAGGAGGGAAUUAUUCUUGAGGAGUUGCAGAAGGAGCUUAGUGCAAGAUGCCAGAAAGAAGCUGCACUUGAAAAAGCCUUAUCGGAAAGAGACAAAAUAGAAGAUGAUCUGAGGAGAAGACUAGAUGAAGCAAAACGACACGAAGAAGACUUGGAAAAUGAGCUUGCAAAUAUGUGGGUGCAUGUUGCAAAGUUGAGAAAGUCUAGCAACAAUGCUGAGGAUGUGCCGUCCGAAGUGAUUCAUUUAGCGGAUGGUUCGCAUUCAAGAGUUAGAAAUGGGUUUCUGCCAUCCAAUGGCCACUCAGAUAUGUAUAAAGAUGAUGAGAUCUGCAAAAACAUGGAUAAGAUGGGUGUCUUAGACGAGUUGAGAGCCAACUAUCAAAAAGAAAAGAAAAGAGCCAAAGAGCUAGAAAGCUAUAUUUCUAGAUUGAAGGGUGACGCUAUUUCCGGUUUGGAUGUGGCGACUCUUGAAGAACUGCAGAAUUUCCAUGUGGAUGCUAUUACAAAAAUUUGCCACGCAAAGUGUACGAGCCGCCUGUUGUAGCGUUGCCUCUGGUUGACCACCAAACUAACAUCGCAGGUACUAAGCGGUUAAUUUUUUUUUGUACAGUCAGGGAGGUAUUAACUGAGAACGAUUUGUCGAAGAUGACCAAGGAAAUGCAAUUUUCUCGCAAGUAAAUUUGGACGUCUGGCGGUAGAAAAAGAGUUCCACCACAGAAGUCAAAGAGUGUAUUAGCAAAAAGAGUCAAGAGUGAUAGGAGUGCAAUUGUUGUACAUAAAAGUUCCUCUUUAACAAAAAUUUUAUUGCUUUGUAAUGUGCAUGGUAUACUAGCCUCCAUUUCCUGCCCCGUAGAUUAUAGAGGAGGAUAAGGAUUCCAAAAAACCUCGUAUCACCUAAGUACCCAACAUAUGUAUGCAUCGACCCCAUAUAAUAGCAUAAACCUACUUUUUUCCUUUUA